AUGAACAUUAAUAGCUUCUUGAAUGAUGCUGCAAACUUGCCAACCAAUGCAGUAGAAAAACUGCAAUUAGAAUUGCAGUGUAGAAAAGAAUUUGAAAUUAGCUUCGCUAUAGAAUUUAAUUUGCAACAAAAGGUUGUUGAAAACAUGGCUGAAGCUGCCUAUAAUUUCAGCAAUACUGUUUUGGGGCCCAAAAAGAUUAAAAAAAAUCCUUUUAAUCUUUACAUUAAGGAGAUGAAGAACAAGAGAAAACUUGACAGGGAAAACUACAGACUCGAGGAAAUCAUUGAUUCGUACAACUCGAUGGGUCCUUUAGAAAAAGGCAGAUAUUACAAGAUGGCAAAAGAAGAUUCCGCUACUCUUCACCAGGAAUCUUCUGUCUCUGAUGUCAAACGUGGUGCAAAAUCCAUAUUGACCAUCAUGGACACAAUGAAGCUAUCGAUGAACUACAAUAGUCUGUUUCUGUUCUGGGAGUCAGGCGCCAGCUCCAGUCGAAAGAUCGGCCGCCUCUUGUCAGGAGAUACGUCUUCUAUAUUUUUUAAGUGUAUUGAAGAAGAUGGCGCUCUGAAGAGUUUCUUGGAAGCAAUGGGAAACGUCGAAAGACGCCCAAUGCGAGAAAUACAACCUGCCACCAUUGCUGCCAACGACUUCAGGAAUAAGAUGAACAAACGUUUGAUAAGCUUGUUCAAUGAAGAAACCGGGGAAACAAGAAAAUCUUUCCCUUGGAAAGCAAUCAAAAACAAAAAAGGCACCAUCAGAGCCGUUGGAUGGCCAGAAAAGGUGCCUUUUGUGCCACUCAGUCUUAUGAAAGAUAUUGAGAAAGAAAUGUUAGUUGAUGCCCUAGACAAAGGGCUCAUUUCUUUCUCUCGCUCUUUAGAUGUUACCCUUUGCCAUCAUCAUCAUCUUGUAACAUGUAUCAAACACUUGAUUGAAUGGCCUCAUAAAUCUUGUCAUAAACUUCUUGUAAUCAUGCACAAACAGUUAAAGACAGAUGAGAGCGCUAGUCAAGAUAAAUCAGCAAUGGAAAACAACUACCUGACGAUUUUAUUUGAAUAUUAA